GGUUCACGGCGCACGCGCAGCCAUUUGGGCGCGUCCUCUGAGGGGGCGGAAGAAGGAUCGGCGGCGGCGGCGGCGGCCGGGAAGACCUUCUCCUUGGCCUCUGCUCUCCAUGAAAUGCCAAAGAGAAAAGAGAACCAAAUUAUCCCACUCUUUGCUCCGGCUCUGAAAGGAAAACCCUCCGCUCGAAAUAGCCAAUGGGCUGCCCACCCGCCUCUCAAGUGUUCUAGCCCUCAAGAAGCCCGAACGGCAAAGAAUAUCUGAGCCCUUCCUCGCACGAGCCCAAUGGGACGGUUUUCCAGCAAGGUCUGGAAUUGGACCUCUGUUUUCUACCCCUUUUGCCGUUCCUGAUUUUUUUUCUUUCCUUUUUUGCCCUCCUCCCCGACUCCUCCCUUUUUUAAAAAAUUAAAAAUAAAACAUUUCUGGCAAACCCAAGUCCAGUUACUUCACAGGGAUUAGUCUCCUUGCAUCUGUCCUCGCCUGAAUGGACAGGGAGACUUUCGCGUGUGCCACGAAGUUUUUCCGCGACUACAGCGGCCCGACGCGGGGCGCCGCCUGCCAGCCUCACAACCAUGUGGACUACAUCGAGAAGCCGGAGACGUUCACGUACGCGGAUUUUUUCAAGGAUUACUUGAUCCCCAACGACCCUUGCGUCUUCUCCGCCAAGUUCACGGAGGGCUGGGCCAGCCGGAGGAAGUGGGUCACGCCGGACGGGAAACCCAACUUGGAUUAUCUCCUGCGAACCUUCGGCGAGGCUGUAGUCCCCGUGGCCAACUGCGAUGUCAAGGAGUACAAUUGUAACCCAAAGGAACACCUUAAGCUCAAGGAGUACAUAAGCUAUUGGAAGGAACACAUUAAAAAAAGCUAUCGCUCUGCCCGCGGCUGCCUUUACCUCAAGGAUUGGCACCUGCAAAGGACAUUUCCGGAUCAGGAAGUCUACACCACGCCCAUCUACUUCUCCUCUGAUUGGUUGAAUGAAUAUUGGGAAGCCAUCGCUGUGGAUGACUACCGGUUUGUCUACAUGGGACCUAAAGGCUCAUGGACACCCUUCCACGCCGACGUCUUCCGCUCUUACAGCUGGUCAGCCAACAUCUGCGGCAAAAAGAAAUGGCUGGUUUUCCCCCCAGGCCAAGAAGAGUUUCUGAAGGACCACCAUGGUCACCUGCCGUUCGACAUCACUGCUCCCGACCUGAAGAACGGCUCCCUGUAUCCCCGCUACGCUCAGAGCAGCCCUCCGGUCGAAAUCAUACAGGAAGCUGGUGAGAUCGUCUUCAUCCCGAGCGGCUGGCACCAUCAGGUUUACAAUCUGGAAGAUACCAUCUCCAUCAACCACAACUGGGUGAACGGAUGCAACGUGGCCAUCAUGUGGAGCUUUCUCCAGGACGAACUCGCCGCCGUCCAGCGGGAGAUCAAAGAAUGGAAAGAGAGCAUGGAAGACUGGCACCUGCAAUGCCAGGUGCUGAUGAAGUCCUACACCGGCAUCGACUACAAAGAAUUCUACAACUUCCUGAAGAUCAUUGCGGAAAACCGCAUCUUCGUGCUGGAGCACCACCACUCCGAAGAUGACGCCUCCAAGCGCUCAUCCAGGGCCGCCCUCUCCAGCCUGGGGAUGCUCCACGCGGUGUUCGACCUCAAAAGGACCGCAAAAGUCUUGGCCUCCUUGAACGCCAACGAAGAGUUCAAGAAGCUCAAGCCCGAAGCCCUCUCGCCCUGCCCGCAGGCUCUCCUGCACCGCCUGAAGGCCGCGAUCGACACGGCCCUCCUAUGAAGCCCCCCUGGCGAGCGCUUUCGAUCUGCAAACGGCCUUUCCUUUGCAAGAUGGCUGCAUGCAAGUAUUGUCCUCUUCCCCCACUUUUACCCCCCUCCUUUCAAUCGCCCCCUUUUAAAAGUUG